GAUGCUCCUGUCCACAGCACCGUCUUGGUUCUCAAGGAUUAUGUCAAAGAUGAGGAUGUACACCCCAACCCACUGGGUUUCGACUAUGAACUAUUACCCUACUCAAAUUCUGCGGAGGACGGGCGGACCAAGUAAGUUGCGAUUGAAGACAGUGUAACGGGCGCCCUCGCUCUCACAUCAAGCUUGGAUUAUGAGGCUAUGCCCCCGAGACAGAAGUAUUACAUGUUGAAUGUCUCCUUUGGUGACAGAGAAGGUCUGACUUCACACACCCUCAUCAGGAUCAACGUCACGGACGCUGACGACCAGCCGCCGGAGUUCUACGACGACAAGUGCUCCUCGCCCUGCUUCAUCUCCUACUCUGCCGCCAUCAGAGCGAACUUCACGGGACUCAUCUACUGGAUCGCACCUGCUGCCAUCAAAGCCCGAGACCGCGACACACUGGGCAGUACGGUGAUGUUCGGCAUCAAGCAAGGAGAACCUGCCUCCUUUGUCAACUACCUGACCAUCGAUCAGAUAUCUGGCAAAGUCACGGUCACUCAUCCAAUUGAGGACAGUAACAUCACAUCAUUCCUCUUGAUUAUCGAGGCUUUCGAAAACUCCACCAAGCGGAACUCUGAGCAGACGACACUCUGGCUGCUGGUAGAGGGACGAAAUCGAACUUUGCCCACUCUUCCUCCCGAGAUAAUCUCCAUGCCAACAACCUCCUCCAAUGCUUUCUACGUGGCUGCUAUCGUCAUGGCAGUUCUCUUGGCUGUCUUUCUCGCAGCUUUCUUCAUUGUCAUCAUCAUUUUCGCCGUUCGUCGAAGCAGGAAGCCCAAACCUCUUUCACCCACAACAGAACGGGUGGUGUCCCCUGGCUCUCUGGACCACUUCCAAGAGACCAACAAAUCUGCUGUCGACGUGAGGACUGGAGAGGAAAUGGAGGAGAGCGGAAGCCGCACCACCGGGCAAAGGAGAAGGAGAAACUCGAAUGACAGCCGGAUGGAAUUCAUGCGCCCGUCAUCGCGAGAAAACCUUGCUCCCCGUAAACCCCCAAGAAACGACUCCAACAUGGCCGCUUAUGAUGACACGGCAAGCACAUCACGUGACGGAGCGGAAGUGACGACAAGGCCAGGACGGGAGAGGCCACCAGGUGAGGACCUGGAGAAGACCUGCAGGUGACGGUGGAGUGUCGAAUCCCUCAUUCCAGUCGGACUCUUUGGCUGAGAUUGGUCGCACUCGCAUGUAGAGCUCACCGGACAAGAAAGUGAAUGAUGGCUGUUUACACAUUCUUCAGUCGUCUGCUAGAGACUGUUUACAAGUCCUAUGAGUCUUGCGGCUACCAAUGGUUUUACAAAUCUUGUUGGGACUUAGUUAAAGGUGUACCAGACUGCAGUAUUAGUUGUUAACAGAUGAUUGGGUUGACUUCCAUACGGGAUACCAUAUUCCAAACUCUGAAUGAAUAUCGCGCUUUACGCUCGAUGUGCACGCAUAGAUAAAAAAAAAGUUAAUCGACUUUGUAGUCCGGUGGCCGUAUAGGUAUGAAGCGAGAGUAAGUCGUUUCCCUAUGGAAAAGUCGGCAACUCAAGAAAAAAGUAUUGUUUUCGUAGUUCACAAUUCCACGCGCCGACCCAUUGGACACUACUUCUGGUUCUUUCCUCUCAGACCAUCUUUGCCACCUCUUUAUUAAUACAGAUCAGAGGUUAGGGUAGUAAUCAUCU